UGGGUUUUGGGUUACACCUCAAACGCUCGCAAGAUGCUAAAGGAAAAUACGAUAUUUUGGCAUCUUUGUGAAGAACAACACGUCCUUAAAAACUCUGUAUAACAUAGCGGACUCAGAAUGGACGAAGAAGCUAAGAUACGAACAUGUCAUCUUUUGGACUUGCCCUGGGAGGAUGUACUUAUUCCACAUAUUUUAGGCUAUUUGCCACUGCAACACCUUGUCAGCCUGCAGAGGGUGAGCAAGCAGUUCCACAGCCUCAUCCAGGUGUACCUAGCCAACUGCAGGACUUUUGAUCUGACCUCGAUUGGACCAUCCAUUCCCAAGGAGGCGUUUUGCUCCAUGUUAAAGGACAACAAAGUUCUCCAUAGCCUGUCACUUCAGAACUGUUCGGACUGGGUGACAGACAAGGAGCUGCUGCCCGUUAUCGGCCAGAACCAGCAUCUGCAGAGAGUGGCCAUGAGCGGGUGCGUUUGUCUCACCCGCCACUCUCUAGUGGCCGUGUCCUUGAGUUGCAUGCACCUCCAGCACCUCGGCCUGGCGCACUGUGAAUGGGUGGACAGCCUGUCCCUGCGCAGCCUGGCUGACCACUGCGGGGGGCUGCAGUCCAUCGACCUAACCGCCUGCCGCCAGCUCAAGGACGACGCCAUCUGCUACCUGGCCAAGAAGUGUUUGAAGUUGAGGUCUCUAUCGCUGGCAGUCAACGCCAACAUCACUGACGAGUCGGUGGAGGAAGUGGCCAAGAACUGCAGGGGCCUGGAGCAGCUGGACCUGACAGGUUGCCUGCGGGUCAGGAACCAGUCCAUCAGGACUCUGGCAGAGUACUGCCCGAAGCUGCAGUCCCUGAAGGUGAAUCACUGUCACAAUGUGACAGAGUCAAGCCUGGAUCCUCUACGGAAACGCAAUGUAGUGAUAGAUGUUGAGCCGCCUUUGCAGAGGGCUCUGGUACUUCUUCAGGACGUGCUGGGGUUUGCACCCUUUAUCAAUCUCCAGAUAUAGCCAAAGGGCCAUCUAUCUGUCCAACAAGAGCGCACAGGUGUCUUCAUCAUCAAAGCGCUCGCUUUAAGCUGCGUCACAAGGACACGUGCGUUGCUCUAAAAAAACGUCAAGACAAUCCAAGAAGACCUGGAUGUUUUGCACUCAAGUUUGUGUGUCAAAAUAAUGUUGAUAAAACCACUCACUGAACUGUGAUCAGUGAUGCAUAUUUAAAGAGGAAACUGAAAAUAAGUCUUCAUUUGUGACUGAAGCCAUGUACUUUGAAGAAUUGCUGCCUCAUGUCCAAAAGAUGUCACUGCACUAUUUGUUGAUCAUUCAGUGUUGUCAUAAUGUGUCUUUAUAGAAAAGCAGUUCUAACCAAAGUACAGUGUAUUUGUUUUGUUGUUUUUUUAAACAAAGUAUUAUACUUUGUGUAUAUUACAUUUUAAGAACCUUUUAUCUUACGUUUCAUUUAGAAACAUAAAAAAAAAAAUGUUUGAGUUUAAUUAAACAUUUCAUUUUGCAUGUACGUGCCUGCUUAAAGGAUCAAUUCACCCAAAUCGCACAAAAACAUUUUCUCACUUUGCACUAGCUUUGUCGAGCAAUUUCGUUUUAUUUGUUCAUGUUUUAUUAUCUCCACUACAGAGACUUCUUCUGCCACCACAAUAUAAUAAAGGUUAAUACAAUUUUGUUAGUGGUGCUGACCAUGUGUCUUCCAGAAACAAUGUCCUGGCUCCUCAGGAUAAUCCACAGACCUCAUUGUCAACAGUUUUAACCGCUUCCCAAUGAAAACUGUUGACCAGCUUUGUUGCUUACAGUUAUGUUAACCAAAACUGUCCGCAUGGCUAGAUGCCACCAGAAAUGAGUGGGAAAAUGUUUUUAUAUAGUUUUUUUGUGACGUCAUGAAGUGACCCUUUAAUCCAUAUUGUUCAUAAAUGCUUACUUGUAUAGCCUAGUAUUAGUUUGAAAUAAGUAUAGGAAUUCAUUAUGAUCUGUUUGCCACUAAAUCCUUGAAAUGAAUCUUGUUAAAAGUACGUGUGUUGAAAUGCGGUUGCCCGGUAAUACAGCCUAUGAAUUAUAGUAUAAUAGAAUUAAUUAUUACAUAGUAAAAUACAGUACCAUCAGAAAUAGCUGUCUUUUCCACUGCAUAAAGAGGCACAACUCUGCUGUGAUGUAAUCAACUGUUAUGUAUAUAAAUACCUUAGGGUAUCUGAAAAUAUUGAUCCCAUACCAGUGCUCUCUUUUUUUCCUAAAUUUGAUGUGAUAAUAGAUUUGUCCAAACAAGUGUGGAAUAUAAAGCUCAAAGACAGCAACAAAUAGUCUUCAAGUAUAGGUAACAAGGUUUUUUGGCAAAUAAGGGGGCAAUGCUCAUUUUUACAUCUGUUCUUGACGGAUUUAAUAUAUAAAAACAUUCAAAAUAAUGACCAGGCCUACUUUUUCUUUGAGCUUCUUAAAUAAUGAAAAUGAGCCCCUAUCUAUAACCUGCUGUGAAUAGCAGGAUUCCGCUAAUUCCUCUAAUUCCCUUGCCUGUCAAACAUAAAGAGGGUAUUGUCAAAGCGUUGCAGCGGUGUGGUUAAAGAUGGGGUUAAUCUAUUCAGUGCGCUGUUGUUUUAUGACUCAAACUGGCACAAGGUGGCAGCAAUGAGUCAGUAUAUUUCACUGCUUUAAUUCUGUUAUUGGAGAGGCUGCAUGACUUCUAAACUACAGGACCUUCAGGAGCCACAGUGGUAGUCUACAGUGUUAAAUAUGUCAGGGUAAAGUGUCAGUGUGUACAUACAAAAGGCCAAGAUACUUUAAGACUUAGAGAAGGAGUCUAAUGUUUGAGUGGUUAGACAGAUUGUGAAAAUAAACAUCAUGAUCUUGUUAACACGAUGCAGUGAAUGCACAAUAAGAAUUCAUGCUUCCCCUUGUUGCUACAGCUACGCGUUAAAACCCCUUCUUACAGUUUCCUCUGGUGGUCCGAUUGGCAGACUAUAUUGUAACUUGUCUCUGUGACAACACAACAGGUCUAUUUUCCACUUGAUGGCAUGGUUUACCCCAUCUGCUGCGUGCUGUCCACAAGCUGAAUUUGCACCAACAGAGAGUUGUGUUUGGAGGGCUUCAGGGAUCGACCAGCAUCCUUCUGUUUGCUGUGCUGAUCAUCAUAUUGUACCGCUGUGCCUCCGAGGGGACAUCACAGUGUCGUUAGUUAUAAAGUGAAUCUUGAAAUUUCAAUUUAUAAA